AUGCCCACCGCACUCACAGACACACAACCCCCACCCGUCAUCCUCGACCUCCGCAACAAACCCCUCCACCCAUCCCCUCCCCGCUCACCCUCGCCUUCCUCCGCCUCUUCAGACUCGUCAACAGACCCGCUCAUCGCUCAAGUCAUCGCCGGGUUGCGCGGGACGAGCGAGCAUGUCGUACCGGGACAGACCAGCGAGGACCGCAAGUUCGCUUACAAACGCUCGAUCCCGACCAUGACGCUCUACAGCCAGCGCGGUCUCGAGAUCUACGAGGACAUCACCAACACCAAGGCGUAUUACCCGUUUGCGGCGGAGAAGGAGAUCCUCGAGCGCUUUGGGGACGAGAUUGCGUGUAGGAUGUUUGGGCUCCCGUCGAGUGUCCUGCUGGGCGACGAAGGACCGAGCGACGGAAAGGACGACGAGGGGGAGAAGGUGUAUGAGCGAACGGGGGCGGGUAACAAGCCUGCCGACAAGGAAAAGUGGGGCGACCCCUCGGUCGGCCUGCACAACUACGGCGUCAACGGUUCCUCGAACCUCCCCGCCGCACUCAUCCCCUCGCAAGGACUGGCAGUCGAACUUGGGUCGGGAUCGCUCGACAAGACUAGGCAUUUGUUGAGGAGUAUGGCCAAGCUUUUGCAGCCCCGUAAAGGAGCGAACGAGGGAGAGGGGGUGUUGAAGGCGAUUGAUUACAAGGCGCUCGACCUCGAAGCCGCCUCGCUCCACUCGACCCUCUCGUCCCUCGCCUCAGUCGAAGGCGAAUCCGUCACGACCUCUCUCGACUCUUCCCCGCCCACUCUCGACUCCACGCCGAACGGGCACAAUGGAAAGCGCCGCGUGAGCGUCUCGGGCCUGCACGCGACGUACGACGAAGGACUGGCGUUCCUCAAAGCCCAGCAGCAGCAGCAACACCAGUCUAACGGCGCGAACGGGUUCAGUCCCUCUUCUGGCACCUCCGCGCUCUCCGACUCGCCCCUCUCAAGCCCGGAAUCCUCGCCCACCCGCCUCCCAGCCCUCUCCGAGUUAUCCGCCCUCGAAGACCCAGGCCGCCGCGCAACUUCAAUCCUCUGGCUCGGUUCCUCGUGCGGCAACUACACCCGUUCCGAGGCGGUCGAGUUCCUCAGGAACAUCGAGUUGAGGGAGGGGGAUACGAUGGUUAUUGGGAUUGAUGCGUGCGCGGAUGGACCCAAGAUCGUGCAGGCUUACAACGAUCCCGAGGGCGUCACCCGCGCGUUCAUCCUAGAAGGAGUAGACGUCGCAGGCCGGACGCUCGGGCCCGAGACAGCCAAGGUAUUAAACCAGGACAACUUUGAGUACGUCAAUAGGUGGAACGUGCAGCUUGGGAGGCACGAGGCCUAUGUUCGCGCGAAGAGCGACUUGUCGAUCCCGAUGCCUGACGGCGAGGACGUCGAGCUCUCGUCCGGCGAGUUGCUCAACAUCGAGUUCUCCUACAAAUACACCUACAGCGAAGCUCUCUCGCUCUUCCACCUCUCCGGCUUCCGACUAAUCCAACACUGGACCGACUCGUCGCACUCGCACUACCUCUACUUGGUCGAGAAACCGAGGAUGUGGUUUCCCGCGACGCCAACGAGCGCGAGUAGGAUGCUGGGCGUGAAGGAGGAGGAGGGGAGCAACGAGUAUGGAGUGCCGAGGUUGGAGAAGUGGGAGGAGAUGUGGAAGGCUUGGGAUGCGUUGAUGCUCGACAUCAUCCCGCCCUCUCUGCGGUUCACCAAGCCGAUCCCACUCCGCCACAUCCCUCUCUUCUACGUCGGCCACAUCCCCGCCUUCCGCGACAUCCACCUCUCGCGCUACUUCUCCGAACCGCUCACCUCUCCCUCACACUUCGCCGACCUCUUCGAGCGCGGAAUCGAUCCCUGCACGGACGAGCCAGACAAGAUCAAUCACUGGCAUUCGGAGGUGCCGGCUGAGGAGGAGGGGUGGCCGGCGAUGGAGGAGAUCGUGCAGUAUGAGAGGAGGGUGAGGGAUAGGGUCAGGGAGGUGUAUGCGAAGUUUGAGGGGAGGUGGGAGCGCAGGCUGGCGAGGGUCUUGAUGAUGGUCUUUGAGCACGAGAUGAUGCACUGGGAGACGGCGAUCUACAUCUGUCUCCAGGCCUGCACCUCGCUCAACAUCCCGCCGGGCAUGGCCAUCCCAGACUUUGCCUCCCUCUCGCGCCUUGCCGACCGCGAAAUCGCGCACGAGCGCGCCGUCCUCGGCCCGAACGCACGCCAACAACGCCUCACCUUCGACGCGCGGACGAUCGAAGUCGGACAUGACGACGACGACCGCGUCGACGAGCAAGUCGCCUUUGACCCGUCGCACGAGUUUGGGUGGGACGUCGAGCAUCCCCAGCGUCGUAUCGAGGUCGGCGCAUUCGAGAUUGAUGCGUUGCCGGUCACGAACGGCGAAUACCUGGACUGGCUCGUCAAGAAUGGCGGGCUGGAAGAGUCGAAACUGGUCCCGGCUAGCUGGGCCGUCAGCGAGGGUGCGAAGGUCGCGGUCAAGACGCUUUAUGGAGAGGUGCCAAUUGAGUACGCGCGCGAGUGGCCUGUCGCAGCGUGCGCGGACCAGCUCGAGCGGUUUGCGAAGGUCAGUCCGCUGUUCGCUUCGUCUUCGCUUGCGGGACAAGGGUGGUCGCCUCCCGACCUUCGGCGAGCUCUCCGUCUUCCUCCAGCAAAACCCCGUCUCGACGCCUCUCAGCAACAUCGGCUUCGAGCACCUCCUGUUCCGCCUACUCUUCCCGGCAAAGGGCGCGACGGCUCCAUCCUUCCCGGCACGGACGGCGGGUUGUGGCAGUGGACUUCGUCGCCGCUCGAGGCGUGGGAGGGGUACCACGACUCGGUGCUGUACCCUGGUUACUCGUCCGACUUUAUGGACGGCAAGCACCGCAUCGUCCUCGGCGGCAGCUACGCCUCGCCGCGCAGGAUCGUCAGGCCGACGAUGGUGAAUUGGUAUUAUGGCGACUAUUUGUUCGUCUUGGCCGGCGCCAGGAUCGCCUACGACGUCUGA